UAGACUCCAAAAGAACACAAGUCUGUCGUCGUGUACUUUGAAUUGAGAAACGCCGUAACGUUAGAUUCUGACACGUGACCUCUUUACGGGACAUCUCGGCCUCGAACUAUGCUCUAAUCAUUUUAAAUGAUGAUGUGCCUUACAUUGUUCACUUUACAAAUCGAAUGUAUCAAAGAACAACAAACUACUCGAGACUUGGUGAACACAGCUGCUUUCUACGGAUAAAACAUUUUAUAUUUGAGACGUUAAAAGCGAAAAGUCGAAUAUUACUGCCAGGCAAGUUCACGCUGCGUAAUGUGUCCGAUGAUGAAAGCGAAUGCGGAAGUAGAGAGGGGUGAAUCAUUCGUGUAUGCUUCGUUAAUUAUGACGUCUCAUCAACGGAUGUCUUUAUUUUAAUAACCACAAGCUAAACAAACAAAGACACCGAGUAAAAUGCAAUGCUCGUGUGUCGUAUAUUGUUUAUACGAAGAGUGAGUUAGAGUGAUUAAUAAUAACGUGUGCGGUAAUUUGACACUCAGAGCCAGGGAUAUAAGUAGAAACACGGCCACCUGGCGGAGACGUGACAGACGAGCACUUCCCGUGACGCAGAGAAACGCGGUAAAACGAUAUUCCGGUGUGGCAGCGGCAGCGGCAGCAUGGCAUCCGACAGCACCAUGGCUAACGUUAACGGACAAGAGGCCGUCUCCCUGAACGGGGAGCCGGUCGUGAAGCGGCUCCGGGAGAGUGUCGCGUACCAGCCUUCUCUCCGCGUGCCGAAGGAGCCUCAGAACAAAGUGACCGUUGUGCUCGGGGCGCAGUGGGGCGACGAGGGCAAGGGGAAAGUUGUGGACUUGCUCGCAAUGGACGCGGAUAUUGUCUGCAGGUGCCAGGGAGGCAACAAUGCGGGUCACACGGUGGUCGUGGACUCUGUGGAGUACGACUUCCACCUGCUGCCAAGCGGAGUGCUCAACAAGAAGGCCCUCUCCUUCAUUGGAAACGGAGUGGUGAUCCACCUUCCGGGUCUGUUUGAGGAAGCUCAAAAGAACCUGCUGAAAGGCAAAGGAUUACAAGGAUGGGAGGAUAGAUUAAAGAUUUCUGACCGUGCCCACAUUGUCUUCAACUUCCACCAAGCCGUUGAUGGAAUCCAGGAGCAGCAGCGGCAGCAACAAGAAGGGAAAAAUUUGGGAACGACUAAAAAGGGAAUCGGUCCUGCCUACUCCUCCAAAGCGGCUCGCAACGGUCUGCGAGUCUGUGACCUUGUCUCAGAUUUCAAGGUUUUUGAGGGCAAGUUUCGCAUGUUGGCUGAACAUUUCCUGACGAUGUAUCCAAACCUUAACCUGGAAGUUGACAGUGAACUGGAGCAGUUGAAGGGAUAUGCAGAGAGACUGCGCCCCAUGGUGACUGAUGGGGUGUACUUCAUGAACAAAGCUCUUAAUGGUCCCAAUAAGAAAAUCCUGGUGGAGGGAGCCAAUGCCGCUCUGCUGGAUAUUGACUUCGGGACGUAUCCCUUCGUGACGUCUUCUAACUGCACCGUGGGCGGAGUGUGCACUGGCCUCGGCGUGCCUCCAUCAUAUGUUGGCCGAGUGUACGGUGUGGUCAAAGCCUACACCACCCGGGUGGGCGUUGGUGCUUUCCCAACAGAGCAGCUUAAUGAGAAUGGAGAACUGUUGCAGUCCCGAGGGAGAGAGUUUGGUGUGACGACGGGCAGGAAGAGGCGUUGUGGUUGGCUGGACCUGAUUUUGGUGCGAUACGCCCACAUGGUCAAUGGCUUCUCUGCAAUUGCCCUGACGAAACUGGACAUUUUGGACACGUUGGCUGAUAUUAAAGUGGGCGUGGCCUAUACGGUCGAUGGAAAACCUCUGCCCAGUUUCCCCGCGAACAUUGACGUGUUGACGCGGGUGUCGGUGGAGUACGAGACGCUGCCCGGCUGGUGCUGCAGCACCGAGUCCGCUCGGAGCUUCGAGGAGCUGCCGCCACACGCGCAGCAGUACAUUCGGUUCAUCGAGAACUUCCUGCAAGUGCCAGUCAAGUGGGUUGGAGUCGGCAAGUCCAGAGAGAGCAUGGUCAAACUGUUCUGAGCCGUCUGCCCACCUGUGGGCUCGGAUAGUUUCAGGUUUCGAUUGAAUUACCGGAGGAGUUUAAAAUGCAAACUCUCCUCCAAGUAAACCCUUCACCAGCGAGGCUAAUUGUGAAACAUCUUGUUGCUGCUUGUGCAUCACAUUUUGCAAUAAUUUCUCUUGGGUACAAUUUAUGCAUUCCACACGUUUCCUAUAUUUAUUCGGGUGUUAACCUUUCAAUACACGGUGCACAUGGAUCGGUCGAUUUCUUUAUUCCAUUCCAUGCAGUAAAGCACAGUUUUGUUUUUAACAUGUGAAUCUAAUGAACCUUUAGUUGAUUGCUGUUCUCGGUGGUUUUCUUCACGUAUAUUUGAAGAGCCAUUGCUGAACAGAAGGUGUAUUGAAGGGCACACAAAAAUAUAGCAAGGGAUAGUUUUCAGGCUUCGUAAUGAGGGGGAAAUGAUUGCAAGCCAUUGUGCGUUCAGUUCGACUGAACUUUUUUCUAUUGAACCAUUUUAAAACAUGAAUGCAUCUCAGUUUGUUACAAUAUUGUUGGAGUAAACAGUGCUUUUUAAAUCUUCAAAAUGUAUAAAGCAACACUAAACAACUCUAGGUUGAAUAGCUGUUUUUCUUGAUAAUUGAGGGUGAGUAAGAAUUACACAUUCACACAGACAUUGGCUGGUUUUUGGUAAGUUUGUGUUGAUGUGAAAAAAAAUGGCCAAUUGGCAGUCGUGUUGCAGAGUAUAUUUCAAUAUGUUUUCUAAACCAUUUCAUUCAUUGUCAGUGGCAUAAAAGACUUGGCUUGCUCUUACCAAUAAAAGGAAAGUAACAUCU